AUGGCAUCGAAGUUGUUCGUGUUUGCCGCGGUCGUAGCCGCCGUACGUGCCGGAGUAGUAGCGCCCGUCGCUCAAGUAGCCGUCUCAGCGAAACUCGCCGACUCGGAGUUCGAUCCUAACCCGCAGUACUCGUACGCCUACGACGUUCAAGAUUCCUUGACCGGAGACUUCAAGAGCCAAGUGGAGACCAGAGACGGAGACGUCGUCUAUGGACAGUAUUCACUUCUCGAAGCCGACGGAACCAAGAGGAUCGUCGAUUACACCGCCGACCCGAUCAACGGAUUCAACGCCGUCGUCAGGAAGGCACCAGCGGUAGUUCCAGCACCAGUUGCUCCAGUAGUAGCUGCUAAGUUCGUUGCCCCAGUCGCACCAGUAGUAGCAGCUAAGUACGUAGCAGCACCGGCCCCGGUAGUCGCCAAGUUCGUAGCGCCAUCUCCAGUCGUCACCAAGUUCGUAGCAUCACAACAAGUCGUAGCAGCCGCUCCCCAACAGUUCGUGGACGCCAGAUUCUUCGCUCAACCUCAACAGCAGUUUAGAUUCGUGGCACCGCAACCACAGCAGUUCGUAGCCGCUAAGUUCGUAGCGCCAAAACCAGUUGUCACCAAGUUCGUAGCACCAGCACCAUUAGUCGCCAACGCACCAAUCAUCUUCAAGAGUCCAGUACUUUCCAAGUACAGCUACGCCACCUUGUAAACGACCGACGCACCAAAA